GUUCUUCUUUGGCCCCUCCACACAGAGGACCCAUCUCAGACAGCUGCAGGCUGGCUGUCUCCCAUCCAAGACCCACCUCUGGACCAUAGAAGCACUUGCACCUUCCUCAGCCCUCUGCUGGCGGGAGGCAAGUUCCUUCCUGCAAAUGCAUUGAAGGGCCCAAGACUGGUGUCUGGCGAUCCUGGGGGAGCUGUCACCAUCCAGUGCCAUUACACCCCCUUGUCAGUCAACAGGCACCAGAGGAAGUACUGGUGCCGUCUGGGGCCCCCAAGGUGGAUCUGCUACACCAUUGUGUCCAGCAGCCACUACACUCACCAUCGCUAUCAGGGCCGUGUGGCCCUGGCAGACUUCCCACAGAGUGGCUUGUUUGUGGUGAGGCUGUCCCAGCUGUCCCUGGACGACGCAGGAUACUACCGCUGCGGCAUUGGAGACAGAAAUGACAUGCUGUUCUUCAGCAUGAACCUGACUGUCUCUGCAGGUCCUGAGCUUACAAAUGACACAGAAGUCUACACAGUAGACCUGGGCGGAUCAGUAACCAUCGUCUGCCCUUUCAACCGUGAGAAUGCUGAGAAGAAGAAGUCCUUGUGCAAGAAGACAGGCGAGGACUGCGAGAUAGUUAUUGACUCCAAUAAUUAUGUGAACCCCAACUAUAGUGACAGAGCAAGCCUUCUUAUUCAGGGCACCAGCCAGUUAGUAUUCAGCGUUGUCAUUGACCGACUCAGGCUCAGUGAUGCUGGGCUGUAUGUCUGCCAGGCCGGGGAUGAUUCCAGUGGUGAUACAAAGAAUGCUGACCUCCAAGUGCUAAAGCCCGAGCCUGAGCUGGUUUAUGGAGACCUGGGGGGCUCAGUGACCUUUGAUUGUGCUCCAGGCACUGAGGAGGCAGAUGUGGCCCAAUUUCUGUGCCGGGCGAGCAGUGGAGACACCUGUGAUGUGGUCAUCAAUACCCUGGGGACGAGGGCUUCAGGCUUUGAGGGCAGGAUCCUGCUCAAUACCACAGAGAAGAAUGGCCUCUUCAGUGUGCUGAUCACAGGCCUGAGGAAGGAGGACGCAGGGCGCUACCUGUGUGGAGCCCACCCCGAGGGUCUGCUGCAGGAAGGCUGGCCCAUCCAAGAGUGGCAACUCUUCGUCAAUGAGGAGACCAUGAUUCCCCGCAGUUCCUCCGUGGUGAAGGGCGUGGCAGGAGGCUCUGUGGCUGUGCUCUGCUCCUACAACCCUAAGGAAGACAACAGCCUCAAGUACUGGUGUCGCUGGGAAGGGACUCAGAAUGGCCAGUGCUCGCUGCUGGUGCAGAGUGAGGGGCUGGUUCAGGAACAGUACGAGGGCAGGCUUGCACUGUCCGAAGAGCCGGGCAAUGGCACCUACACGGUCAUACUCAACCAGCUCACCACCCAGGAUGCUGGCUUCUACUGGUGUCUGACCAACGGUGAUAAUCGCUGGAGGACCGUCAAGGAGCUCAAGAUUGUUGAAGGAAAACCCAACCUCAAAGUACCAGAGAAUGUCACUGCUGUUCUGGGAGAGACUCUGAAGCUUCCCUGCCACUUCCCGUGCAAAUUCUACUCCCAUGAGAAAUACUGGUGCAAAUGGAGCAACCAGGGCUGCCAAGUCCUGCCCAGCCAAGACGAAGGCCCCAGCCAGGCCUUUGUGAACUGCGACCAGAGCAGCCGGCUCAUCUCCCUGACCCUGAGCUCAGUCAGCAGGGCGGACGAGGGCUGGUAUUGGUGUGGAGUGAAGCGUGGCCACUUCUAUGGAGAGACGGCAGCCGUCUAUGUGGCAGUGGAGGAGAACAAAUCCUGCGGGUCCUCCAGUGUCAGCCUAAUGAAUGCAAAUACUGUGGCAAAUGAGGUGGUAGAGUCAAUUGUCAGGGGGAUAGAGAACAAAGCCAUGCAGAAUCCCAGGCUUUUUGCAGAGGAAAGAGUGGUAGAGGAUGCAGCAGACCAAGCCAGUGGCAGCAGAGCGUCCUCGGAUCUCGGCAGCUCUGAAGGACAAGGCAGGAGCUCCAGAGUGCUGGUCUCCACCCUGGUGCCCCUGGGCCUGGUGCUAGCGCUGGGGGUCGUGGCUGUGGGGGUGGCCAGAGCCCGGCACAGGAAGAAUGUUGACCGGCUUUCCAUUAGAAGCUACAGGACAGACAUGAGCAUGUCGGACCUCAGGAACUCCAGGGAUUUUGGAGCCAAUGACAACAUGGGAGCCUCUCCAGAUACUCAGGAGACAUCCCUUGCAGGGAAAGAUGAGUUUGUUGCCACCACUGAGAGCACCAUGGAAAUCAAAGAACCCAAGAAGGCAAAAAGGUCAUCCAAGGAGGACGCCGAGAUGGCCUACACAGCCUUUCUGCUCCAGUCCAACAGCGUGGCCACCGAGGUCCAGGACGGCCCCAGGGAUGCCUAGGCAGUGCCGGCUGCUGCCCCCCACAAUCCCAUGACAAUCACCUUCAGAAU